AGGCAGCCAAAUACCCAGGGCUCACACACACACAACUGGGCUCACAGACACACACACACAGCCGGGCUCACACACACACAGCCAGGCUCACACCCCCCCAGACCCCGCCAGGCAAGGCGUCCCACAGGGCGAGGAUGUUCGGCAAGAGCGUGGUGCUGCGCAGCGCGGGGGUGCUGUCGGCGGCCGAGCUGGGCUGCCUGGUGAAGGAGGAGGACGUGGUACGGCAUGAAUCCUUCACAGCCGAAUGGAGGGACCUGUCGCUCUCCACCAGGCCUGAGGAGGGCUGCUCCCUGCGGGAGGUGGACGAUCGGCGCAAGGAGACGUACUGGCAGCAGCAGGAGACGCGCUUCGUGGUGCAGCGAUCGCCCUGGCUCAUCAUGCGGCUGGGCCGGCUGGGCGAGCCCCUGGCCCGCUACCACCUGCCCUACCAGCGGGCGCUGCCCCUGCCCCUCUUCGUGCCGGCCGACCUGAGCGCCAAGGCCGAGCGGGGAGCCACCCCGCCCCAGCUGCGCCACAUGAUGGACUUCGAGACGGCGCUGGCCGGGGGCUCCCCGCCCAACGGGCAGUGCCGGGACAAGAAGGCCGUGGCGGAGAUCACCAAGGAGCUGCCCCCUGUCGUCCAGCCCAGCCGGCCCGACUUCGGCAAGGGUGACUUCCAUCGCUCCCUGUCCCGCUCCCUGUCCCAGGAGGCGCAGAGGGGCUGAGGGGAGACAAUGCCUAGCGCUAGGGGUGCCCAGGCCUGACCCCCUUGUGCUGUCUGUGUUAGUGCUAUGUCUGUGUGGCAGCCACGGCGGGUGCCAGGCUGGAGCUGUGCCAUGCCACGGGCACAGGGCACCACCCCGAGUGCCCCUCACCAAGCUUUCCUUAGUUGCCAAAGAUUUGUACAAGGUAGGAGCUGACAAGCGGGAAGCGGGCUCCACUCCCAGCUGUUAAACCCUCCAGUGGGCUCCUGGUUAGAGCUGGGAAUGGGAGCUCCUGGGUCCCGUUCCUGGGUCUGGGACACAACGCGUAUGUCUACAUGGCACACGAAGCCCCAGGUCUGAGGUGGGGUCAAGCCCCAAGCUCUGUUUGCCCAUACAGCCAUUACUCUGACUCAGUUGUGGAGUCUCUAGUGCAGGCUUGGAAACGAGCCGGGAUCCCCACGGUGAGCAGUGUAGACAUGGGGCAGGACCUCUGGGUUGUGUUCCAGUACGUUAGAGGCGGGAGGAUGGGAUCAGGACUCCUGGGUUCUGUCCCCAGCUCUGGGAGCGGAGUGGGGGUCUAUUGGUUUUUAGAGUAGGGGGAUCAGGACUCCUGGGUUUUCUGCCUGACUCUGUCACUGACUCACUGGGUGGCCUGGGGCAGAUUCACUGUGACAGGGUGACUG